CCCUAAUUUCCUCCAUCAAUUUCUUCCCCAUUCAAAAAUCAAAUCUUAUUCUUCAUCCUCUCAACUCCACGUUAGAUUCCUCUCUCUCUCUCUCUCUCAACAUCUCUUCAAUUCAUCCAAUUAACCACAAAUAUGCUUCCAUUUCAUUUUUAACCUCCACCUAUACAUACACCCACCCAAAUACAUACACCCACCCAAAAAUAUACGUAUAUUAUACAUGUACAGGCACCGCGGCAGCUCGGUAUCGCGGCCGGAGAUGGUGGGAGGAGGAGGCGGUGGCGGAACGGCCUCGUUUGAUCGGAAACGAAUAAACGAUGCGUUGGAGAAAACAUCAUCUUCUUCAACCGUUAGGGUUUUGAAUAAAGAGAAAGAGAAAGAAAAGGAAAAAGAAAAAGAAAAAGAGAAAUUGUCUGUGGCUUCUACUUCCACCAUCGCCACCACCAAAAUCGAGGGCUCAGAUGAGGAAUCCGAAACAGACAGUGAGGAGGAAUCUGACGUUAGCGGUUCUGACGAGGACGAUACUUCUUGGAUUUCAUGGUUUUGCAACCUACGAGGAAACGAAUUCUUUUGUGAAGUUGACGACGAGUACAUUCAAGACGAUUUCAAUCUAUGUGGGUUAAGCAGUCAAGUUCCUUACUUUGAUUACGCACUUGAUCUUAUUCUAGACGUAGAGUCCUCUCACGAUAUGUUCACUGAAGAGCAGAACGAACUUGUUGAAUCAGCAGCUGAGAUGUUAUAUGGCUUGAUACAUGUUCGUUAUAUAUUGACUACAAAAGGAAUCUCUGCAAUGUUGGAGAAAUACAAAAACUAUGACUUUGGACGGUGUCCAAGAGUUUAUUGCGCCGGUCAACCUUGCCUUCCGGUUGGCCAGUCAGACAUACCACGUUCAAGUACCGUGAAAAUAUAUUGUCCCAAGUGCGAAGACAUCUACUACCCUCGAUCCAAAUACCAAGGCAAUAUCGAUGGCGCCUAUUUCGGAACCACCUUCCCUCACUUGUUCUUGAUGACUUACGGCCACCUGAAGCCGCAAAAAGCAACACAAAGCUACGUACCAAGAGUAUUCGGCUACAAGCUCCAUAAACCAUGACCACGGAUCCGCCCGCCCGCCUUCCAGUUUUGCUUGAAAUCCCGUGUCUAUUCAAUUCUACAUCAAGCCAGGUUGGUUAAAACCGUAGUAGAUAUGUCUGAAAAAGGUGGAAACUUGAUGAUUUGGCGAAUAGUGGAUCGUUUCUGGCCUGUCUACUUUUGAGCAAAAACUUGAUAUGGUGUUAGCAUAGUAGUUGCAAGUCAACUUUUUUUUUUAAUUAUUAUUAUUAUUAAAUAUAAUUGGUUUUGAAGUUUACAUCGAAAUUCACUUGGCUUUGUAGUAGAUAUUUUUUUUUUUUUUUUGCCUGACAUGUUAACUUUUUGGAAGUGUUAUUUAAAGGGCAUGUUCAAUGGCAAGCUGGCAACCAUGA